AUGAAAGAUCCGCCUUUUUGUCUUGUGUGUUUGUGUGCCAAAAUAUCUGCAGAACCUCCAGUCGCUCCGUCCAGCGUGUUUGUGAAAAACUCGACCAGCAAUGCUGUCGUCAUCUCGUGGGACACCAGUCGUCAAAGCUCAUACGUGCUCACCGGGUUCGUCGUCGACUACAAGGAGGUUCUCGAGCUGUGGAAGAACGCACAGAGCGUACAGUUGGAUGGCAACGCGACAGAAGCCGUGAUCGACGGCCUGAGUCCACACACCCGCUACGAGAUCCGUAUUGCGGCAGUCAACGAUCUGGGCGUCAGUCCGCACUGUGCACCCCUGCUCGUGGAGACGGACAGUGCCCUGCCAUCAGCGGGUCCCCUGGAGGUGCAAGCAGUGCCCAGAUCGCCACAGGAAAUCUUUCUGCAGUGGAUCCCACCUUCGCAGGAAACUUGGAACGGCCACGUGCAGGGCUACAAAGUCGGCCACAUCGCGUGUGCCGAAAUGGGGAAUGGAGGAGUGACGUACCUGGAUGUGCCUGUGGAGCCGACGAGUUUGGCACAGUCUGCUUCUGUCAAGGGCCUGCGCCCUUACACCAACUACUGCUUCACAGUGCGGCUCGUCAACGACGUCGGUGACGGACCCGACAGCUUGCACACCGAAGCCGCGACACUACAGGAUGUUCCAGGUCCAGUGAGACAGCUGAAGUGUGAGCCAGGUUCGUCGCAAAGCUUAUCAGUGUCUUGGUCACCUCCACCAGAGUCGGAGAGAAACGGAGAAAUUAUCGGAUAUCGGGGAUUUUAUCGAUUGACCGACUCAGAUUACGAUGUAGAAGCUUGCAAAUGUCAAAAGAAUGAAGCUUCACAAAUAUGGUCUCGGAAAAACCUCGUGUCAACAGAAGGCUGUCGAUUUCGACAUAUUCGUAUGCCAACUUCCCCUGAUAUGUUCCUCAUCGCUGCUUUUCGUUGUGGUUCCUUAUUUUCUCAUCUUUGUGUUUGUGUCCUGUUCCCUGUUGCACCGGAAGAAGAGACUGUGGAAUUCCCGAGAGAGGCUGGCGUGCUUUUGGGUCUGCGGAAGUUCUCGAAUUACUCAGUGACGCUGGCAGCUGUGACGAGGGCAGGAGUGGGUGUCAAAGCCGAACCCUUGACGUGUUCGACUGACGAAGACGUCCCGGACCCGCCGCGGCACGUGAAGGCCGCCCCGUCGUCGGGGUCGGCGGCCACCGUGGCCUGGAGUGCGCCAACUGAAGCCAACGGCGUCCUGGUCGGCUACACGGUCAUGCAAUUCGCGGCGACUGGGUCACGUCGUCGUCCGCCAUCGUCGUCACCCAACAUGGACGGGGAACCCGCGGAACGGGAACUGCGCCUGCCUGCCGGUGUAGUGUCGCAUGAACUCGACGGGCUGGACCGCCGACGGAGAUACCGAUUCUGCAUCACUGCCCACACGCGAAUCGGGCAGAGUGAACCUGCUUGCUCAGCUCCAGUCAGUCCUGCUCCCAAAGUUCCAGCUGCGGUGCUGACAUUCGGAGGCAUUGUAUCUGCCACAGCGCAGUCAGACACUGUCCUGCCGUGCCAGCAUGUCGGCGUGCCCAGUCCCCAGGUUCAAUGGGAACUCCCGAAUGGGAUUCGUGUGACGAGUUCAGAAACGCCCAGCAACCGCCUGGGCAUCAUGCCCGACGGCAAGCUCGUCGUCAGGGACCUCGCCCGCAACGACACCGGCAAUUACACGUGCACAGCGUCCAAUGAUCAGGGAACCGAUGCUGUUUCUCAUCGACUCGUUGUCAAAUCGUUGCCAUCCGCGCCCAAGUUGCACCUCGAGUCCGUCACUGCCACCAGCAUCUCGGUCGGCUGGACCCGCGUGGACCCGGGCAACUCGGAAAUGAAAAAGUUCGUGGUGAACUUCCGGAAAACCUACGGCGGUCGUUGGGAAGAGAGCUCGGCUGGCAAACACGCCACGUCAUUCACCGUCGCCGCGCUGGACUGUGGCACCGAGUACCAGAUCUACGUGGCGGCCGUCAACGAGAUCGGCGCCGGCAAGCCGAGCAUCGUGCUCAACGCCGUCACGAAGGGCGACCGACCGCCGCCAGCCACGCCCGAGACGAUCCUGGCGGUGAACGCCACCAGUGCUGUCCUCAACUUCAAGACCUGGCAGAGUCCGGAAUGUCCGAUUCAGCGCUUCAAAGUGCAGUACAAGGCUGCUGCCAGCAACUGGGACUGGAUACUCGUUGGAGAUUCCUUCGGACCGGACUCGUACGUUCCGAUUCGUGGCCUCGCCCCAGGGACCACGUACAUUAUCUCGUUAACAGCAUUCAAUCCAGCGGGAAAAACCACUUUGCUACAUCAUUUCAUCACGAAAUCCUUGUCAGGAGAUUCAGUGAGACCUGCGAUGCCGUCUUCAAACGAAGCAGUGUCGAGCAACGACCGCGGCCUGUUGUACCAGGCCAGGUUCUGGUUGCCCCUGUGCACAGUCCUGCUGGCACUGGUUUCCGUCGUUGCUGGUGUUACCUACUGCGUCAGAGCGAGGCGACUUCAUCGACUUGGAAUGCAGCUGCAAUUGGUUCAUGAUGAUCUGAAUGCCAAGCACGGACCUGCACCCGGUUCUGGUCAUCACCAUUUGCAAGUGAACCGAUCGGAUAUUCGAGGCAGCUUUUCACAGGGGAAAGUCGCGAAGGCCGAACCGCAGAGCCCUGCUUACGUGCCAGCGCAUUUAGGGAAUCUUGGGACGACGAAUGAUGACGUGUACCCGUAUGCGACGUACCACGAAAUCAUGCAACACCAGUCGACCGACUUCAACAAACUGCUUUCUGAAGCACCGCCACCUCCGAGAUGCUUGAUUCAUCCUCCGGAAGCCCUGAAGAUGUCGCAGAUGAUGGUAUCACCGGUGCCACAAGGGAAACUGACCAACACAUACGUGACGGAAGCAGUUGCAGUUGCAGGCAACAAACGACACGGAGGCAACAACAACAAGCGACAUUCCCGACAUCAGCAACAGCAGCAGCAACAACAGCCACGCGGACGCAAGCGCACAAGCACCAACAUGCCGGAAGAGCAACUGGAGGAUGUGCUCAUGGAGCAGGACAAAAUGCUCUUCCGGCGUCAUUCACAACCUGCUUCCGAGUCUCCCAGCUCCGACUCUUCCGGUCCUGAAUGCCUGGUCGACAACGAGUCCGAACUGUCUGCCACGCUCAGCCGGAUCCAGUGCAGUCGCCCCGGAAACACGGGUCGUCCACAUCGCCCGAAAUCAAUGGCGUUUCAGCAGCAGCAACACCAGAAGUAUCCUGCUUGCUGAAGCAAAUAAUUGCUAAAAGAAAAAUGCAAAAAUAUGAAGGUGGCUUUGUAAUAAUCAGCUCAACGGACGUUUGCUCAUCGGAUGCUACGGAUACGUUAAAAACCAAGUCAAGACGACUUCGGUCGACUUUUUGUAGCAAUUUUCGUUCCGCUUCCGAUGCUUCGAUUUACUGCUGACACUUUUCUUUCCAUUGUAUCGACGUGCUUCCUGGGUGUGUUGGUAUUGCUCAUCAUGAAUAAUUAAAAAGCGAUGACUGAUUUC